UCUCCAAAUAACUAUUAAAUAAAAUACUUAAAAAUAUGAUAAAUAUAGGAAAACCAUUGCCAAAAGAUCAUGCUGAAGUAGCUAAACAUGUAAAAGCAAGACUUUUUGAUGAAGAACGAAAAAAACGAAUUUUCAACCCAACUACUAGAACUAUUGGAAUUGAUAAGGAUGCUCUUGAUAAACAAGUCCAAGAAAAGAAAAUACUUCGAGAGCAAGAACAAGCGAAACAUCAAGCGUAUUCAAAAAAAUUAUUACAAGAUUGUGCCACAUCAUUACAACUAGACGAACAGAAUAAAAAAAAACAAAAAGAAAUAGAUUUAGAAAUAUUAGAGUUCAGAAAAAAAUAUCAAGCUCCUGAAACACGAAGAGAGUACGAUAUAUACGAUCCUCUGCAAUGUAGAAAAAAUCAGCCCAGCCGCAUUGGUGACGAUGACCCGAGAAUUACAUUGUCGUCGGUUCAACGAUUUGAGGGCGAAGAAAGCAUAACAAAAGAACAAAAAGCAGAACAGAUACAACAACAACGUGUGUGGUUAGAAAUGCAAAUACGUGAAAAAAAUAUGACCAGAGAAGAGAAUAAAAACGUCGAACGUACGUGGCAAGAAACCGAACACACGACAGUUCAACGAGCACUGGCACUUGCAUCACUGGAGAAUGAGUGUAGGAAAAAAUUGAUAGAAGCAAAUUACCGAUACAACCAAGCUCUAGCGUCCGAACAAAAAAUGAAUAAAAGUAUUAUGGAAGCUGAGUGCAACGAAGACAAAAUGGCAGAAGUGUACAACGCGAUUACUGGGGACUUUCUGACGGAAAAUCCCGAACACGGGUUCAACAGUGCAUUAGGACCAGGAAAAAUAUCAACGGCACUCUACAAAGGCUUAACGCCGGCCAUGAAACAAGCUAUAUAUGACGAACAAGCCAAUCAAAGAGCAGAACUUAAGAUACGAAAAGAGGCAUUCGAUAAACAAGAAAAAGACUGGGCCGAACUUUUAAAUAUACUGGCCAGAUGUGGCACACUCAAUGAUAGAGAAAUGCAAAAGAAAAAAAGAAAUUUAGAAGACGGAAUAAAGGAUUUCAAUUUAGUUUUAGCUAAUGAACAGAAAAAUAAACAAGAGUAUCUCAAUAAUGUCCUGUACAAAACUAAAGCUUCAGAUGAAUUUUUCGACCAGUUUAAUAAAACCACUCGAUAA